GUGGAAGCAUCUUAUAUUAGCUACAAGCAUUUCGAUCAGUUAGUCAAUGGAUUAUACCGUUUCCGUUCAAGUGCAACAUCAACUGACGGUGUUUCCGACCCACUUAUACCAGGGUUACAGUUUGGAGUUACAGAUGAAGUCUACGGAGGUGGACCAGGGCCUCUUCACCGACAGCUACUGCCGCGUGUGCAGUGCCCAGCUCAUCUCUGAGUCCCAGCGGGUGGCCCACUACGAGAGUCGGAAACAUGCAAACAAAGUGCGGCUGUAUUACAUGUUGCAUCCAGUGGACGGGGGCUGCCCUGCCAAGAAACUCAGAACAGAUAACGGCACCGAUGAGGGCGAUGUGGAUAAGAACAAGUGCUGCACUCUGUGCAACAUGUCCUUCACCUCAGCAGUGGUGGCACAGUCCCACUACCAGGGCAAGAUCCACGCCAAGAGGCUAAAGCUACUGCUGGGGGAGCCCCCCGCCAUCAACGGCAAAGAGGUUCCCCCCAGUCCCGUGAAGAACCCCCCGGAGAUGGCCCUGGUGACCUCGCCCCGGCAGCGGCGGGACUCGGACCGUUACUGCCAGCUGUGCAACGCCUGGUUCAACAACCCGGGCAUGGCCCAGCAGCACUACGACGGCAAGAAGCACAAGAAGAACGCGGCCCGCGCAGACCUGCUGGAGCAGCUGGGCAAGACCCUGGACAUGGGCGAGAUGAAAGGUCUGAAGCGCAGCUACACCUGUGAUGUCUGCAACGUCACACUCAACUCUGUGGCACAGUAUCAUGCACACCUGCAGGGCUCCAAGCACCAAAACAACCUAAAGAAUCAAUUGUGUGUCCAGUGAAUCUGAACAAGAAAUAAACCAUCGGAUUGAUGUCAGGCAAGCUGUGGUCAGCUUGUCCCAAUUUGUUUUGUUUCUCUGUUUCUCUAUCUCUCGCUGUCUCUCUCUCUCUCUCUCUCUCUGUCUGUCUCACUCUCUGUCUCUCUCUGUCUUUCUCUUUGUAUGUUCCUGUCCCUUGGUCAUGCUUUCAUCCUAUUUCUGUCAGUUUUGAAGAUUAGGAUUUUUAUCCCCUUAUUUGAUGAUACUUCUGAACAGGAUGUGAACAAUAGCAAUAGUCUUCAGUGUGCACGAUGCACGCCCGGCCCCUGGCCCCUGGUCCCUGGCCCCUGGCCCCUGGCCCCUCUCAUUACAUACACAUACACAUACACAUACACAUACAUGGCCUUGGAAUGAUUUCCCAGUCAGCUCCACUGAUCAAAGUACUCUGCCUUCCCUAUACUGUAACUGCCUGUAUUUCACUGAGACCAUUCCUUUACUAGUGUUUGUCUGAUUGUUUUUAUAUUCCUGUCGGUUUUGACGGAUACAUAUUCCUGCCUUUCGAAUCCUAGUAGUCAUUGACUUGAAAUAAAUGGAAGCAUGCAGAGAUUUGAUAGUAACUAUAUCGCGAGACUACACUGGUAAGAAACGGAGAGAGAAAGAGGAGUGGACUUAAAAACCUUCAGUAUUUCUGUCAGAUUAAAGAGUUCAAGAGUUCAUCUGUACUGUGUAUGUUAUGUCAUAUGGGUAAAAUGUGCGUUUACAGUAUGGGACGAUAUGGAUGAUGGAUAACUUUAUUUUUUAUUGCAAAAUUGUAUUGGAAAAUAUCUAAGUAGUGGUUCUUUAUUUUGUUUACGGUGCUGGAAAUUUGUGAUAAAUGAUCAUGUUUUAUUAACCUACUGCAGUUUAUGAGUUGAGCUAAGAAGAAUGUGUUAAUGUCUGAUAGAUUUCCUUUGGGCCAUUAUGUAGCUUCCACAGGGGUAUUUCCAUGAGGAUUUUUUGUUUUCUAAUUUUAAUUUUAAUUUUAUAUAUUUAUUUAUUUUUCAGUCUGCCCAUGUGGUUUGGAGAUGACAGUGGUGAUGUGAUCUUUGUCUCAGGGAGGUCCACUUUAAUUACAGACCAUUUCGUUAUUUUACCUGAAUUGUUUGUCAUAUUUAUUUGCAUUGAAUUACUCGUAAUUUCAGCAAAGGCUUUUAGAACUGACUAGCAUAUAAAUUUAGUGGCUCAAUUUAGGUUAAAGUGUUUCGCUAAAGUCUCGGUCAAAAUCGGUGCAAUAGUAUGCCAAUGAAUAUGUAAAAGUAUUUUGAAAGCUGUCCAAGCUAAGAGCUGAAGCUCUCCCUAAAAUGAUGUAGCGUCCAAGUAACAUUAUUGAUUUGCCUCAGUCUUAUAGCAAAUAUGUGGCAUUGAUGUGUUACCUGGGAUGUGAUUUAUCCAGUGAGGGAGGUUGGGAAAUGCUAUAUAGUACUUAUUAGUGUGAGACUUAUGAUAUUAGAUAUUUUGUGAAUUGUUUAUCUUGCUGAAUCAGAUUAUUUAUAAUCAGAAAAUGAAUUAAUUAUCAAGAGAUAUUUAUUUGGCUGUCACUGCAGUGCUGUGUUGAAAUCAAAAUAUAGUGUUUGAUCAAUAGCCUUUAUAAAAGUAUUUGUAUUUUGUUUGUUGUAAUUGUAACUCUAUUUGUUUUAAAACAAUGCCUGGGAAAUCUCCAAUGAAACCUUUUCUCUCUUUUUGACAUGAGAAGACUUUUUAUAGUUUUUUUCUGCUUGACAAUACUCCAUCACAGAUUUUAUUUUUAUUUUUGAGAGAGAAUUGGGCUGGGAAAUGAUACCAUUUUUAAUGGGGAGGGAAACUGGAUUUGGCUCAAGUUUGCAAGAAAAAACGUUACACAUUAAAAAAGGAGCAGGUAAAGACGCCAUUUUAAGAGCCAUUGGCCUUGUUGGUGCUGCAGGCAAGAUCCAUUGUAAAUAUUUGUAUUAAUAUUACAAACAAUAUGGAUUCUGUGCACGGAUUGAUUUCUCCAUUAUCUCUGCUAAAUGAAAGCUGAAGUACGCAUUCCUACACUGAGCCAUCUCAUUGGAAAGUGCAUUUCUCCCUCUUCCAAGCCAUCGCAUCCAUUACAAACAUCACCUCUCCCUCUUUGUAUUCUGGGCUAUGUACUGUACUGCCUCUUAUGGAGAAUAAAAGACACUUGCAACUUGUGAAA